CCAGCCGACCUAUCCAGUAUCCACCACACUUUACCUCCAACUCCAAGAGGUUAAAGCAUGAGCGCCUGACCCUGAGAUGCCUACGUGGCAAAAACCACUCUUCACCCGCCACGCGUCGCCAUCCAACCUCCAACAUCCCCGAUAAAAGACGCGCCCAGAACCCAACUCCCAUCUUCUCUUCUCUUCUCUUCUCUUCUGUCUACAAUCACACAGUUAACAGUCCCAUAAAAAACGAUGCCGUAUUGGGAGGUUCGAAAAGAGCAGAGCAGUGACACCUCCGACGGUUCUUCACCCAACAAUGGGAUCAAGAUUUUCUACAGAACGUACGGAUAUGGCCCCACCAAAGUCCUUCUCAUCAUCGGAUUGGCUGGGACUCAUGAUUCGUGGGGCCCGCAGAUAAAGGCUCUGACCGGGACGACUAAGCCCAACGACGAAGACGGCAAUGAUGAAGAAACGGUGAAUGGGAAUUCAGAUGGAGGACGAAGAGGAAUUGAGGUGUGUGCGUUUGAUAAUCGUGGAAUGGGUCGGAGCUCCGUCCCCGUCAGAAAGUCCGAAUAUACAACGAAAAUUAUGGCGAAAGAUGCGAUUGCUUUGUUGGAUCAUUUGGGCUGGAAGAAAGUCCAUGUUUUUGGGCACUCAAUGGGGGCUAUGAUAUCUUGCAAGUUAGCAGCAAUGGUGCCUGAUAGAAUUCUUUCUUUGGCGUUACUAAAUGUAACCGGUGGAGGUUUUGAAUGUUUCCCAAAGCUUGACAGUCGAACAUUAUCAGUUGCAAUCCGUUUCCUAAUGGCAAAAACUCCUGAGGAAAGGGCAGCUGUGGACUUGGACACCCACUAUACAAAGGAAUAUCUUGAGGAAUAUGUUGGCUCAACUACUAGAAGAUCAAUCUUAUAUCAAGAAUAUGUAAAAGGUAUCUCAGCAAGCGGAAUGCAAUCUAAUUCUGGUUUUGAUGGUCAAAUACAUGCAUGCUGGACGCAUAAAGUGACACAAGCAGAAAUUGAAGCAAUCCGUACUGCUGGAUUUCUUGUUUCAGUAAUUCAUGGCAGGUAUGAUAUCAUUGCUCAAAUUUAUUAUGCAAGGAGACUGGCCCAGAAGCUGUACCCUGUUGCUAGAAUGAUAGAUCUUCAUGGAGGGCAUCUUGUGAGUCAUGAGAGACCAGAAGAGGUCAAUCAAGCUCUCCUUGAGUUGAUAAAUGCAUCUGAAAGGGAGAUAAGCCCCCUUGAUUGGACUAAUAUGCCCAAUAAAACAUCUGGUUUUCUGGGGAUCGGGCUGUCAUUUGUCAGAACAAAUUCAGAGCAUAGGAGCUGCAUGUUGAGCACGUUGGAGAAGCUACAUCUUUUCCUAUUUUACCUCUUUGGUCUCUUUGUGUUAGCCUACGAGUAUGCAAGAAGGGGUAUACAAAACCUAAAACCAGCAAGGGUUGGGGCUCACCUCACGUAAGCUGACAUCCAACACACCCCAUCUUUUAACAGGGUUUCAUACUUUCAUUUGAUUUCUCACCCUAGUGGGGCGGCCCUCUGCCCUCUGCAUUUUAAGCAGUUUUCUUACACGAUAUUUGAGUAAAUUUACUGAUGAAUACAACACGAAUUUACCA